AUGGAGUAUCUUGAUCCAACUUUCAUCCAAGCACCAGAGCAUAGAUCAGAUUCAAAUUUCAUCCCUUACCAACCCGAAGAAAUACCGGUGAUCGAUCUCUCGCGCCUCGACGACCCUGAAGAUAUCCAGAACGUGAUCUCUGAGAUCGGUGAUGCGUGUGAAAAAUGGGGAUUUUUUCAGGUGAUCAAUCAUGGUGUGCCUUGCGACACACGGAAGCGUGUGGAGGAAACUGUGAAGACGUUUUUCGAUUUGCCUAUGGAAGAGAAGAUAAAGGUGAAGAGAGACGAAGUGAAUCCAGUAGGGUAUCAUGAUGGAGAACACACGAAGAACGUUAGAGAUUGGAAAGAAGUGUUUGAUGUUUAUUUCAAAGAUCCAAUGGUUAUUCCUUCUUCCACAGAUCCUGAUGAUGAAGGUUUAAGAGUUGUUUACAACAAGUGGCCUCAAUUUCCUUCUGAUUUCAGGCACGUGAACGCUAUCUUCCAAAUCUGCAUAUCAGCAUAUGAUAGGGAGGCAUGUGAAGAAUAUGCAAGACAAGCUGAAAAACUAGCGUUCAAGCUUUUAGAACUAAUCUCAUUAAGCUUAGGCUUACCGAAAGAGCGUUUUCAUGAUUACUUCAAAGAACAAAUGAGUUUUUUCAGGAUAAAUCGUUAUCCACCAUGUCCACGACCUGACCUAGCUUUAGGUGUAGGCCACCACAAAGAUGCAGACGUUAUAAGUCUACUGGCUCAAGACGAAGUUGGAGGAUUACAAGUUAGUCGUAGAUCGGACGGUGUUUGGUUUCCUAUUAGACCCGUCCCUGAUGCUCUGGUCAUUAAUAUGGGCAAUUGUAUGGAGGUAUGGACGAAUGAUAAGUAUUGGAGUGCAGAACAUAGAGUGGUGGUGAACACAACAAGAGAAAGAUACUCAAUACCAUUCUUCUUGAUGCCUUCGCAUGAUGUAGAAGUGAAACCAUUGGAAGAGCUUGUGAGUCCUGAAAACCCUCCAAGGUACAAAGGAUAUAAAUGGGGUAAGUUUUAUGUCAGUAGGAACAGAAGCGAUUUUAAAAAACUCGAAAUCCAGAACAUUCAAAUCGAUGACUUCAAAGUUGUAACUUAG